GAAAAAUCAGAUUUGAGUAAUUGGUGAUGCAUUUUAUUGAAAAAAACCAAUUCUUUCUAAUUUUGAAAACAUAACUGUUGUCGCAUCAUAUUCAUAGUCGUUGUGUUGAAGCCACCGUGACACUAGCUGUCAAAUGGUGUGCACAACAUUGACAUAUACUUCGCGUUUCGUGAGGCGUGAAUUAUGAAAGAUUCAUUUGAGCCGUCAUCACCGGUGUCAAAUGACUCGUCGACGAUGGAUCUUGUCGUCGAUCACCCCAGAACCAGAUACCCAUUCUGUAUCGUUUGGACGCCUAUACCUCUAUUGACUUACUUUUUUCCAGUUAUCGGUCACAUGGGAAUUGCCACUUCGACAGGAAUCAUAAGAGAUUUCGCUGGUCCAUAUUACGUUUCAGAGGAUAACAUGGCAUUUGGGAAACCAACAAAAUAUUGGCAGCUAAAUUACAAUAACGCAAAAGGUGGCGUUCAGGGUUGGGAUACAGCUGUGUGUGAAGCCAGCGACAUUUAUAAAACACGAAUGCACAACCUUUGCUGUGAUAACUGCCAUUCUCAUGUCGCGACUGCGUUAAACUUGAUGUCCUACAAUGAUUCGAGACAAUGGAAUAUGGUAAAACUAGCAUUCCUCAUGCUUCUUCACGGGAAGUAUGUCAGUUUUUACGCAUUUGUGAAGACUUGGCUGCCAUUCGUCAUUCUUGUUACAAUAAUCGUCAGUUUCUGUAUGUUUGUGUAAAUAUAAUUAGGGGUAUGUAUUAAUAGAAUAAUACUCAUGGACUGAUUCCGUAAUUGUGAAUUUUCUAUUUGAUUAUACAGAUAUGGCCUGUAGUUAUGAAUUGUACAUAAAUUAUUAUUUAUUCUUUAUCUAAUCGUUGCAAUAUACUCUCAAUUCUUACCCAAAUGCAAAUAAGAAAAUUGGGCAGUUUCGAUAAUUCUGUGAACAAAACUAAUUAAUAUUUGUAUAUUUGAUUGAAUAAAAAAAUAAAAAUUAACUGAGUUGAAAAAAUUCUGAACCAAUAUUGGCAAUAGCUUAUGCUAUUCAGUUAAUCCCACCAGGUUGGUAAACAUUUCUCAGAUUUUGAGCGAUUCAGAGCAAAACAUGUCAAGCAUAAUUACACCAUUAUUUUUUUUUCAAACAAGGUGUAUCACAAGUCUCAUAGUUGCCUUUUGUUAUUUGGUAUUACCUGUCAGUUAUAAUGUUAUAUUUUGAUAGUAUUUAUGUAUAUAAAAUUAACUUAAUUAGAUCCUUUAAUUAAAACAACGUACAAACGUCUAAAUGAACAUGGCAUCUUUCUCCUAAGUUUUGAAGCUCGACAAACAUAGUAUUAUGUGGAUAAGGUAAAUGUACAAUAAUAACAUUUUGAAUUAUAAAAUUCAUAAAUUAGGUCCGCACCGAAUGUCGUACUGUAAAGACCCAAAACUGUAGUAACAUUAUCGUUUACUUGAGAAAUUAGCAUGAAUGUGUGUUUUCAAUAUGUUUUGCUUAUUUAUCCACGACUUGAAAAAUAUAGAGGGUUUACCUGUAGUUGCCACUGUAUACAGGGGCUGGUAUCUACUAAC